AUGAAUGUGGACGCGGCCUUUUGCCCGGCCUCUGGAGAAUCGGCAGCAGGUGUAGUUAUCCGUGAUCACCAGGGUGCCAUCAUCCUAGCAGCAAGUAUGGUUGGAACAAAGUGCAGGGAUGCGGAAGAAGCAGAAGCUACUGCUAUAUAUGAAGGUUUGAAGAUUGCUGUGGAGUACAACCUGACACCCUCUUCCCUGGAGUCUGAUUGUGCUAAUGCGGUUGCAGCUGUCAACAAUCACUCAGCUAUUUCUUCUGUGAACUGGCAUAUUUACAAGAACAUAAAGUUGUAUACGAGCGUGCUGCCUAACUGUAUCUUAUCUAAAGUUGGUAGAAAUUGUAAUGAAGCUGCCCAUAGACUGGCACAUCUUGCUACUUCCUCUGGGUCUAGUAAUAUUUGGCUUUCCCCUGUCCCAGAAGCUGUUAGGGAAUUAUGUAAUCAAGACUCUGUAAACUACUUUGUGAGCUGA